GUCAAGCCCACAGACCAGACAUAGCGAAACAAUUUCAGAAGUAGAUGCAGAAGAAGUCUUGAUUAGUGUCAUCGCGUCGCCCUUUGUUCAUAUCCUCAGUAGUCUUUGACACACGUCACAUCUACGGGGAUCCCAAGGACAACAUGGCACGUGAAAAUUUCAGGAAAGAAGAAACUCUAGCAAUGAGGAAGAGACUGAUCGGGCAGUCCAUCAGACUCUUCUAUUCAGGCGACCCUGUGAAAAUAGUGAGAGCAAGAGGGCAAUAUCUAUUCGAUGAGAAUGGCCAGCGCUAUCUGGACUGCAUCAGCAACGUCCACCAUGUGGGCCACUGUCACCCCAGCAUUACAAAGGCUGCAGCAGCACAAAUGGACCUCCUCAACACAAAUACAAGAUUCCUGCACGACAAUAUAGUCAUGUAUGCAGACCGCCUGGCCGCCACCCUGCCUGAGAAACUGUGUGUCUUCUACUUUGUUAACUCAGGUUCAGAGGCCAAUGAUCUUGCCCUUCGCUUGGCCCAGCAGUACACCCAGCAUGAGGACGUCAUUGUGCUUGACCAUGCAUACCAUGGGCAUCUAAUGUCCCUCAUCGACAUUAGUCCUUACAAGUUCCGGAAACUGGCAGGACAGAAAGAAUGGGUUCAUGUGGCACCCUUACCAGACACCUACAGGGGCUUAUACAGAGAGGAUCACCCCAACCCCGGCCAAGCUUACGCUGACACAGUAAAAGACCUGAUAGAGGAGGUGCACAGGAAGGGUCGUAAGAUCUCUGCCUUCUUUGCUGAAUCCUUGCCAAGUGUUGGAGGACAAAUCAUCAUGCCCCAAGGAUACUCAGCUAAAGUUGCAGAAUACGUGCGCUCAGCAGGUGGGGUGUUUGUGGCAGACGAGGUGCAGACAGGCUUCGGACGUGUGGGAAGUCACUUCUGGGCUUUCCAGCUGCAGGGGGAGGGGUUCUGUCCCGACAUUGUGACCAUGGGUAAACCAAUGGGCAACGGGCAUCCUGUGGCAUGUGUGGCAACCACUGUGGAGAUAGCAGGAGCUUUCACGGCCAACGGAGUGGAGUACUUCAACACGUUUGGAGGGAAUCCGGUGUCCUGUGCAAUCGGCCUGGCGGUCCUUGAUGUGAUCGAGAAAGAGGACCUUAGAGGAAACGCCACUCGGGUGGGAGGACAUCUUAAAGAUCUGCUCAUGAAGCUGCAAACUCGACAUCAAAUAAUCGGCGACGUCAGAGGUGUAGGUCUGUUUGUGGGUCUCGAGCUGGUUACAGACAGGAAGAAGAAGACUCCCGCCACAGAAACAGCAGCAGUGGUGGUGAAAAGGUUGAAAGAGGAGGAUAAAAUCUGUGUCAGUACAGACGGCCCCUGGGACAACGUCGUCAAGUUUAAACCUCCCAUGUGCUUUAGUAUGGAGGACGCCGAGCUGGUGGCACAGUGUAUCGACCGCAUACUCACAGACAUGGGAGCCAGUGCACUUAAACUGGAAAAGGACGACAUCUAAGGUGUUCAGUGCCAUUUUUAAGGCAUCUCCUAUGCAGACACCUAACUGGUGAAACCCAGCCAACUGGAGGUUUACACAUUUUAUCGUUACCAUCUGCAAGUCAACCCAUUACACAAGAUGCUAAUUUGACAUUCAUGAUCUACAAAGACUUGUUUUUUUUCCUCCAAUCAAGACACUAAUAAACACCAAGCAUUUUUUUUAAAGAAAUCUUGACUCUUUCUUUUACCCAAAGUAGCAAUAUUUAAAAUAUUUUAUCCCACGUUAAAACACUGAGCAGCAACAUGUUCCUAAUACACAGUAUGGUAUGAUAAGCACUUACCAGAACACUAGCUUUAACUCCUGGUCACAUUCAUAAAAAAUGCUCAAGUAUCGCAGUUUCACAUCUAGUGGGGUGGGUAUUAACACUCAGCAAGUUAUCCUGCAGGUACUGAAGCCCUCUCCCACACCUUCCCAAAGAGGCAUCCGUAGAGGUGUUAACAUUACUCAAGACAAAACAAGCAAGCCAUUUAACAGUACAAAACAUUUAACAUUAUCUUUACAAAUAAUAACAAAAGGAUCCGUGUGUAAUAUAAACCAAAAGUUUAUUUCUACCAAUUUGCCCAAGACACUAGAGGAAUGAGUUUCCAGUGAGAGAGGGAGUACCCUCUUACAUUAACAGGCUUGCGUUCAGUUGAAUAACACUAGUAAAGCCACUUAAAAUUGCAGACAUGAUGGGGGAAGAAUCUCCUUAAAAGCCAAAAGAAAAAAAAAGAAAAGAAAAUAAAGAUGCUGGUUGUCUUCGUCUACUAGGCCAUCUGCAAACAUUAACUUGACACGCUUACAAUGAACCCUUUGAUUAGUUUAAAUCCCUUAUUUUUUUUUGCCUCACCCCACAUCUGAAGCCAUGCAACUCGCAUCCAACAUUCAGCACAGGAGAAAAUAACUAAAGAUCUAGAAACACCAAAAAGGAAAGGAAAAAAAAAAAGCAAAAU